AUGCCAUCAUUUGAGGCACAUCUCACGUCCACAAAGUGCGAGGUUCUGGAGUCCUUGCAAGUCGUCACUGCUAUUUUCGACAGCCUUUCUCCCGAUCUACAGGUCGGAUGUGUUCUCUGCAUUCAUCCUCCAUGGGCAACGUGGAUGCACAUCCCCGUGGGGCGGACGAUAAUUUUUUUUUCUGAAGUCUUGAGUCAGUUUCUUCCCGAGAAUUUAAGGAGACCAAACCUUGUGCUCGACUCACGGACAACAACAAGGGCUUCCCUUUCCGAGAAUCAACUGAAUGAAUGGCACAAAGCCGAGAAUCAACUGAAUGAAUGGUCCAAAGCUGCAGAAGUUGCGGUGUCUCUCGAUGUGAUACCAGUACUGCUGCCUUCCGCUGCUAGCAAAUUCUUCCAUUGCCAUCGCUUGAAUCCUGUUCAAUAUGCUGAGGACUGUAAGAGAUUGUUCGGUAAGAUUGUGGCCGGACCAUCUUUGGCGAGACACGAAAGCGAUCUCCAGCAAAGCGCCAAUACCUGGGCUUCGAAUUUCCGGGACGAACCAUACACUCUAGACAUUUACGGUGGAGACGUGACAAGAAGAUAUACCGAAAGAGCAACCAAUAUCUCUUAUGACUUGGCAGAAGCGGCUCUCAGGCAGAAAAGUUUCUACUAUCAGGCAAGUGGUGAUCUUUUCUUGAAAGCAAACUCAACUUUAAGUAUGCAGGUUUCUGAUCCGCAUUACCUGGAUGAGAGCUUCUUGCUAGCUGCAGCUGCACGUUACAAGGCAUUUCUCCAUCUCAUACGCACGUCUGGCACAUCAACGUUUUUCGUUCCCACUUACGACAUUGAUUUGAUAUGGCAUACUCAUCAGCUUCACACUGUGAGCUACCACAACGAUCUCACACAGGUACUGGGAAGCAUCUUCGAGCAUGACGACACAGAUAGCAACCGAGGUUCUGGAGGGAAACUGGACAAUGGAUUCACAAAAACUCGAUCUAUGUGGGAAGACACGUAUGGCCUUCCAUACGAGAAAGCAGGCUGCAUGUAUAGAGGGGAGCCACCAGUAUCCAUUCCAGGAACACCUGCUUAUGAUCCAACCAAGCUCGCUAGGCUUGCUAGUAAAAACGACGAUCACUUGGCUGAGCGAAAGACCAUUCAGGUUCAUCUCUCCGUGCGAGGUACUAGAGGUUUGCCAGACGACAAGACCAUCUCCUAUGUGGUCAGCUCGUUAAACCAUCAAAAGUUUCUGAAGCUCGAAAGCCAACGAGUGAAGGCUGCCUCUCAGCAGAACGUAGUGUCAGUCAUGACGGCUGAACUCUCCACCGAAGGACUGGUGCUAGCAGUUCGACGGAGGCGGGUUUUGAUAUCCAGAACUGUGGGCCGGCUCGUGAUUCCAUGGAUAAAUGUCAUCCGUUCGGAAACACAAUCACUCGGCGGCUGGUUUCCAUUCCAGGAGGACCGACAAGUGUCGGUGCUGGUUUACAUCUCCGUUACUUCUCCAGUCACUGCGCCUUAUCUCUUUAGAAGCGUGAGAGUGAGAGACACGGGAGACGACAGUGCCACUCACGACAGUAACCGCGAAAGCAUAUACAAGCGUGGAGGGUUUUGGCUAAGAAGCAUUCCAGACACUGAUAAAGUUGUGCACGCUCACAAAGGAGGGUGGACAUACAAAGGUUCUUAUAACACUGGCUCUGUAAACGGUGAAAUUCUGGGAUCUGCGUGGCAACUGGAGAAACCAUCUUUGGAAUCUAGGAGAUGGUCUCUGCAGAACGGGAAGGCUAUUUUAACUGUGGACAGAAAUGUGAAGGAUAAGCACUGGAACAUGAGACCACAGCUCCACGUUGAAAUGAAAUCCCACAACUGUCCGAUCAUGCUCUUCUCGGGUCGUCACCUGGACUUUGCUGUUCCUGGUGCAUCUGACCGACAGGAAGCGUGGUUUGUGACAAUGGUGAGAUUCACAAGAGACGCUCCUCAAGGCAAGGCGACAGCUCUUUUCAACUGGCGGUCUGGAGGCAUGCAGAUUGAUCCCAACGAGGAUGUGCUGCUUGUGCUUCUUUUGUCGGCAACCAUAAGCAUGUCCGUGUCCGAUAUGCUCGGCAAAGCCAUUCCUUCGUGGACGAUGAGGAGUAAACGAGUGGUGGCGGAGAGGGCAGGGGAGAGGGCGGAGGCGACGGUGGUCAUGGUUUUGGUGGUUCAGGCCAGUGCUGGUAUGAUGGAGGUGGUUCGUAUUGUGGCGAUGUGGUGGAGCAGGAGGGGAGGAGGUUCGUAUUGUGGCGAUGUGGUGGAGCAGGAGGUGGAGGAGGAGGUUGUGGAGGAGGUGGUGGAGGCGGUGGUGGCUGCGGGUGCGGUGGCUGUGGUGGUGGGAGUUGAAUCACAUUGUACAAAGAGAUAA